AUGGAGCAUGUCCACGGCACCCUGUGCGACUUCGACAACGGUCCAAGAAUACCGUCAUCGGCAGAAAAUAAACCGAUCGACGCAUCACCAGCGCCGAAGAAAGCGGAAUUGUGGACGCCGCCGCCAUCCAACAGUCCACAUUUUAUCGACCUGUGCGUCGCUGCCUCGAUGCGUCCGCGGCAUAUGAAAAUAAAUUGUAUACGUGCACCGCAGUGUACGUACAACUAUAGUCUAACGGCCGGCCAGUUGUCAGUUACUUGUGGGAAAGAGUGGCGCGUGGCUCGCGUGCGCCGGGCCCCGUGGAAACGUGUCUUCGUCGUUGAGCUUUUGGCUUUGUUUCUGUGCAACACGUGGCCUCGCCGAGCGGGCUGUCGAAGUUUUCGGCGCGAACGCGGAGUUACAGCGGCCGCUGUUAAUCGGCCCGCCCUGUGUAAGUUUGUGCUCGUGAUUCGCCCUGUGAUUGCUCUCGUGUCUGAUGUGCGCCCCAUGCGUCCCGAG